AUGUUGGGAAGACUAUUUGAACUCCGUGAUGAAGUGAUAACGUUUUUGGCACAGCAGAAACAAAACGAGCUUAGUGCAGAGUUCAAAAAACCCUGGAACCAAGUGAUUUUGGCCUAUUUAUCAGACUUUUUUGACACGUUAAAUAACCUAACCUUGAGACUGCAAGGUGCAGACUCAAAUAUAGUAACACAUCGGGAUGCCAUCAAGAUGUACGUUGAGAAACUACAACUUUGGAUACGUAAAGUGUCAAUGAACCCCAGCAACUAUUCAAGUUUCAGCAAAGUAGUGUCAGUCUCAGAAGAAGUAUGUUUUGAGGACGUUUUUGAAGAACCGCUUUUGAAAAACUUGAUAAUUGACCAUUUGAAGAACCUCAAGGAGGAGUUCAGCAGGUACUUUCCUAACUUGUCAGAGGAGUUGUACAAACUAUCAACUGACCCGUUCAACAUGGACAUACAGUUGCUGCCAGAAGAGUUGCAAGAGGAGGGAAUAGAAAUAAAAAAUGACUCUGCUGCAAGAUACGAUUUUGACAAAAUGGACAAGCCCUCAUUUUGGUUAAUUACUUAA